GAUGCUUUCGGUGAUAGUCCUUAAGCCUUCUGAGAGCGGCUUCUGUAGGACCCGAGGAACACUUGCUGCCGAGAACAUUGGCUGGAUACCUCUAGAUCUACCUUAAGACUUGAGAACUAGGUUGGGACCAUGGGGACAACGAAGGUAAGAGCUGGUUGUUUUUAUUUGCUUGUUUGGGGUCCUCACGGAGGUAGGUCGUGGUGCGGAUCGCCGUGCUCCGGUUUCUCCUAAGUCACCGAGCCAUCCGGACGGAGGCCUUUUCUUAUCAGCUCCAGCAAGCAAUUCGAUACUAGUGUUAGCGUUCUAGGCAUCUCCUACCUGACGAGGAUCCUCUCGGACACCUUCUUAGCACGUGAAAGUCACCUCAGAAGCUGUUUGCCUCUCGGGUGUGUUUGAGGUAGCUGUGAUGAGAGCGAAGAGGGUAGGACUUGGCCGCGGGGGUCUCGGAGCCAGCUGGAAGGCUUGGGAAAGGCUUAGACCUUGAGAGGACGUGGGGUUGGCUUGGGUUUGCUGUUCAGCAUCCCGCUAUCGGUCCUUGGGUUCCCGGUACUGUGGGGAGGGAAGUCCAGUUGUCCUUACUAUGGUUGUGAGUGCAGGAUGUAUCGGAGUUAGUGUGGGCGGAGGGAGGAAGGCAGUAUUUGUAAGGAAAAGGGCAUUUCCACGAAGAUUAACUUGGAAAUUAAGUAAAUUAAGAGACCGUGAAAAAAAAAUCAGGAUAAAAGAGGGGAUGUCUGUAAAGAGGGUUUUACAACAAGGAAAGGGCCUUCGCCUGGAAGGGACAGCACUUAACCACCGAGAGACUGGGAGGCUGCCGGGAAGGUCAGCUCGCUGCUAGACGCUCCCAGCCUGCCACCGGGAGUGACCUUAAGAGGAACUUAAGGACAGGUGAAGAGGUUGUAGCAGGCCAAAUAGGUCGGCCUCAGACUCCAGUUUUGAGAUGUCCCUGCCUGCUUGAGUGAUUUCCCAGCAAGGUGACCCCAUCUCUGGUGUUCGCCGUGACUGUUGCCACGAUCGGCUCUUUCCAGUUUGGCUACAACACUGGAGUCAUCAAUGCACCUGAGACAAUCCUAAAGGACUUUCUUAACUACACUUUGGAAGAGCGGUUAGAAGACCUACCAAGUGAGGGACUGCUGACUGCCCUCUGGUCCUUAUGUGUGGCCAUCUUCUCUGUUGGUGGCAUGAUUGGCUCUUUUUCUGUUGGACUCUUUGUCAACCGCUUUGGCAGACGCAACUCUAUGCUUCUAGUCAACUUGCUGGCCAUCAUUGCGGGCUGCCUUAUGGGAUUCGCCAAGAUAGCGGAGUCUGUUGAAAUGCUGAUCCUGGGCCGCUUACUCAUUGGCAUUUUCUGUGGCCUGUGCACGGGCUUUGUGCCUAUGUACAUUGGAGAGGUGUCUCCCACUGCCCUUCGGGGUGCAUUUGGCACACUAAACCAGCUGGGCAUCGUUGUUGGGAUUCUGGUAGCUCAGAUCUUUGGUUUGGACUUUAUUCUGGGCUCUGAAGAACUGUGGCCUGGGCUCCUUGGCUUAACCAUCAUUCCAGCUAUCCUGCAAAGCGCAGCCCUUCCAUUUUGCCCUGAGAGUCCAAGAUUCUUGCUCAUUAACAAAAAGGAGGAAGACCAAGCUACAGAGAUCCUGCAGCGCUUGUGGGGCACCUCGGACGUGGUCCAGGAGAUCCAGGAGAUGAAGGAUGAGAGUGUUCGGAUGUCACAGGAGAAGCAGGUGACUGUGCUGGAGCUCUUCAGGUCACCCAACUACGUCCAGCCGCUUCUCAUCUCCAUUGUCCUCCAGCUGUCUCAGCAGCUCUCUGGGAUCAAUGCUGUGUUCUAUUACUCAACAGGAAUCUUCAAGGACGCGGGUGUCCAGGAACCGAUCUAUGCCACGAUUGGAGCAGGCGUGGUCAAUACUAUCUUCACUGUAGUUUCUCUGUUCCUGGUGGAGAGGGCAGGGAGGAGAACCCUGCAUAUGAUAGGCCUGGGAGGCAUGGCUGUUUGCUCCGUUUUCAUGACGAUUUCGCUGUUACUAAAGGAUGACUAUGAAGCCAUGAGCUUUGUCUGUAUUGUGGCUAUCUUGAUCUACGUAGCCUUCUUUGAGAUUGGACCUGGCCCCAUUCCCUGGUUUAUUGUGGCUGAGCUCUUCAGCCAGGGCCCCCGCCCAGCUGCCAUUGCGGUGGCUGGCUGUUGUAACUGGACCUCCAACUUUCUGGUCGGAAUGCUCUUCCCCUCAGCUGCAGCCUACUUAGGAGCCUACGUUUUUAUCAUCUUCGCUGCCUUCCUCAUCUUCUUCCUAAUCUUCACCUUCUUCAAAGUCCCGGAGACCAAAGGCAGGACUUUCGAGGACAUUGCCCGGGCCUUCGAGGGGCAGGCGCACUCUGGAAAAGGCCCUGCCGGUGUGGAGUUGAACAGCAUGCAGCCGGUCAAGGAGACCCCUGGCAACGCCUGAGCCGGGAGCACCUCCUUCACCUCCCUCCACUGUGGAAAGCCACCUCCCCUUAAGUGGGGAGACCUCAUCAGGAUGAACCAGGACUGCUUCUGAGUGCUGCUAUUCUCACCCCACACACUCCAUGAAAACUCAGCUGCACCCAAUGCUGGGGUUGACCAGAUCGCCAAUGGCUUUUAAGUGUUUGAUUUGGGGGAUACUUCCCUUGUAAUCAGGAAAGACCAAGGAAGCCUACCUUUAUAUUGGGAGGGAAGGGGCCGCAGCUCCCCUUAGGUUCUAAAACCCGCUAACUAGGACAACUAGGGAGUAGGAGUAGGGUGCAGCACCGCCCCCACCACCACCUUAGUUUGCCAGGAAACAGAUCUUCAUACCCAGUGUGGAGGGCCCUGGGGGAUUGAACAAAAGACCCCCUCCUCACUUGAUACAGCUCUGCACAGCAAAGUAACUUGAGUUUUAUUUAUUUUAUCUUCAGGUUGAAUUGCAUAAAUAUUUAUUUUUUUAAUUGUAAUUUUACCAAAUAAUGAGACAGUAACGAAAUUGAGGUUGGAGGGAGGUGUUUAAAGAGAGGUUCAGGAGGAAAGAAAGUUUGGUGCUGGAGAGAGGUUACAACAGGGAGGAUGGAUGUUACUGGUGGCCUGUGAGUCACUUCCUUUGUAGAUGAAGGGACACUAUCCCUUGUUAUUUCUCAGAAGAGCGAGUGCCUGUACUAAAAGGCUCAUGGCUUUCUGUGGGCCUUUUCUUUUAAGAUUAUAGUUUUUAUGUAGUGUUACUAAAAUCUAGGCUUGUUACUAAAGUGGUCUUUGUAGUUAGUGAUAUUGAUGGAUUUUUAUGUUGCAUGGAGUCCAGACAAGGGAGGGGUCACCGCAAGCCUCUCCUUUCCCUGGACCAACACCCUCUCUGUCCUGUGAGCUCGCUUUUUCUUUUCUGAUGGUCAAGCCCAUUACCAAACGGGCGGGCGAGCGAGCGAGCCGUGUGGAUGAGACACAAAGACAGUAGUUGUUGAGAGGCAUUAGUUUCUUCAACUUAGUUUUUUUUUAAGAGAUUUUAGGUGUUGGUUUGUUUCAUUUUGGUUUAAAGGGAUUCAUAGCUAACUUGGAUUUUGUUACCUCAGCUCUGGGAGAGGAUUUUCGCUGGAUGACUAUUAAUGACUUGUUUUGAGGGAGUACAUUUGUUGCUCUAGAGUUGUGGCAUGCUAGCCUAUGUCUGUUACAGUCUCAGGCUGCCCUUGUUUCCAGGUUCCUGUGCUAUUGUGCUACAUGCCCAAGGGGCCUUGGCUCUGCUACACACAUUAGAGACAGUGACUGAAUGUGCAGUGUGGUCCACGCAUGAGGGCACAAAUGUCUGUGCAUUGUCACUUUGCUCUGGGCAUGAAGUCCCUGGUCCCUUGGCUCCUGUAGCUUUUUAUUGAUCGACUAUUAGAACUCAACCCUGUGUACAGAAGCAGCACUGCCUCUGCUAGGUGGAGCUUGCACCCAGGAUUAGAUGCCACCCAUUGGGUUCCCUGUCCCUGUUGGAGAGAGGUGCUUCCUUGAGGUCUGAGGUUGGAAGGCUCUACCUCACUACAGCUAGGAGGCGCAAUGGAAAGGUGUGAGGUCAGGGCUGUGGCUCCUGAAGACCCAGUUGUGGGCCAAGGGUGGCUUUAUUUAAAGGGAGUUAAGAAACAUGGCAUAUUGGUAUGUUGAUAUCACCAAGAUUCCCUUCUGCCAUAGGUCACAGACACCUUCCCAACUGUCCCCUCCUCCACUUCCAUAAAUGGAGACAACCCUGAUGGACCUCACCCCUUUUCCACAGGUCACUGGAUCCCACUGUCACCCUCGGUGCUUACACAUUUCAGACCCUUUAGGCAAACCCUUGCAUAGAGUGGUAGAGCCAUAUCUCAGUGCUCGGUUUCAGUAUUCAACUCUCCACUCCCUGUGGCCAGUUGGGAUUUAAAAACUCAGAUUGCUAUGGAAAGGGGCUUUGCUGGGAAAGGCGACUCCUCUAACUUCACCUCUUCAGUUCCUCCAGUGGAGUUUUUACAUUUGCCAAUGGCCAUCUUGUGAAUAUCUUCAUACAUACUUUCUAUUAAUGUUACUGUAGUUUCUGUUUUGAAAUAAAACUUCUGAAUGUA